ACAGUAAGGGGUCUAAAGCACAUGUCGGCGAUGCAGCAGCAACAGCAGCACCAGAAAAAAAGCUGUAAAAGCAAACGGGUGCGAACAAUUUUCACGCCGGAACAACUUGAACGGCUUGAGGCGGAAUUCGAGCGACAGCAAUACAUGGUCGGUCCUGAACGGCUCUAUUUGGCGCACACUUUACAGCUUACUGAGGCGCAAGUAAAAGUAUGGUUCCAAAACCGCAGGAUAAAAUGGAGAAAACACCAUUUAGAGCUCACUCAUCAACGUUUAGCAGUUUUAAAACAACAGCAACUUCUUCUCGAGGAUUCCCAGCCGGACGUCCAAGACACAAAUAGUUCUGGCACUGAUACGUGAAACUUUAGUUUUUAAAACUAAUUCAACUUCACCAACCAUAUCUUAAUUCUGUACAUAUAUUAAUAAGUGUAAAGUAGUGCAACAGCUGAAACCAAAGUGA